CCUGCGUGCUGUUUGCUCUCCUUCAGUUUCUUUGUCUCUUUAUAAAUAAGUAGAAGACUUUUCUUUAGAUAAGAGAGCAAAGGGGCAAGAGAAGAACUAUCUUAAGAAGUUUUUAUUUGUGCCAACAUAGAAGUGCUUUGUGGUAGGCCAUCUGGACCGGGAGGAUUUCCUCAGAAUGUAAAGUAUGUCGUGAGAUUUAGAGAGCUGGGAUUUGCUCUGGAACUAUCUGGGAAGGCAGCAGGAAACGUGGACAGAACUGGUUUAUGUUGCUUGUAACGUAGGUGGCGAGAAUGGAAGACAGCCUGCCUGGUCUCGCUUCAGUAUGUGCUUCCUCUACACUUUCAAACUUCUGCACUGAUGAUAGUAUUUCUGCCACAAGUACUUCUGAUGUUCAGGAUCGCCUCUCGGCCCUUGAGUUACGAGUUCAACAGCAAGAAGAUGAAAUCACAGUGCUAAAGGCAGCUUUGGCUGAUGUUUUGAGGCGUCUUGCAAUCUCUGAAGAUCAUGUAGCCUCGGUGAAAAAAUCAGUCCCAAGUAAAGGCCAGCCAGGCCUUCGAGAAGCUAUUUCUAUGUCCUGUAUAACCAACGGGAGUGGUACCAACAGAAAACCAAGUCACACCAGCUCUGUCUCAAUCGCAAGAAAAGAAACUCUUUCAUCUGCUGCUAAAAGUGGUACAGAAAAAAAGAAAGAAAAACCACAAGGACACAGAGAGAAAAAAGAGGACUCUCACUCUAAUGAUCAAAGUCCACAAAUUCGAGCAUCACCUUCUCCCCAGCCCUCUUCACAGCCUCUCCAAAUACACAGGCAAACUCAAGAAAGCAAGAAUUCUACUCCCACCAAAAGCAUAAAACGACCACCGACAGCUGAAAAGUCACAUAAUUCAUGGGAAAAUUCAGACGAUAGCCGUAAUAAAUUACUGAGGGCAGUUUCAACAUCAAAAUUAAUAUCAAAAGUUAUAAAAAAUACAGAUAAGCAUAAAGAUGUCAUCAUCAACCAAGCAAAAAUGUCAACCCGUGAAAAAAACAGCCAAGAAGGAGAAUACAUUAAAAUGUUUAUGCGAGGUCGACCAAUUACAAUGUUCAUUCCUUCUGAUGUUGACAACUAUGAUGACAUCAGAACCGAACUGCCUCCUGAGAAGCUCAAACUGGAGUGGGUAUAUGGUUAUCGAGGAAAGGAUUGUCGAGCUAAUGUUUACCUUCUUCCUACUGGGGAAAUUGUUUAUUUCAUAGCAUCAGUAGUAGUACUAUUUAAUUAUGAAGAGAGAACUCAACGGCACUACCUGGGUCAUACAGACUGUGUAAAAUGCCUUGCUAUACAUCCUGACAAAAUUAGGAUUGCAACUGGACAGAUAGCUGGAGUGGAUAAGGAUGGAAGGCCCCUGCAACCCCAUGUCAGAGUGUGGGAUUCAGUUAGUCUUUCUACACUGCAAAUUAUUGGACUUGGAACUUUUGAACGUGGAGUAGGAUGCCUGGAUUUUUCAAAAGCAGAUUCAGGUGUUCAUUUAUGUGUUAUUGAUGACUCCAAUGAGCAUAUGCUUACUGUGUGGGAUUGGCAGAAAAAAUCAAAAGGAGCAGAAAUAAAGACAACAAAUGAAGUUGUUUUGGCUGUGGGAUUCCAUCCAACAGAUGCAAAUAUCAUAAUAACAUGUGGUAAAUCACAUAUUUUUUUCUGGACCUGGAGUGGCAAUUCACUAACAAAAAAACAGGGAGUUUUUGGGAAAUAUGAAAAACCAAAAUUUGUGCAAUGUUUAGCUUUCUUGGGAAAUGGAGAUGUUCUUGCUGGAGACUCAGGUGGAGUCAUACUCAUAUGGAGCAAAACUACUGUAGAGCCUACACCUGGGAAAGGGCCUAAAGGUGUUUAUCAGAUCAGCAAACAAAUCAAAGCUCAUGAUGGCAGUGUGUUCACACUUUGUCAGAUGAGAAAUGGGAUGUUAUUAACUGGAGGCGGGAAAGACAGAAAAAUAAUUCUGUGGGAUCAUGAUCUGAAUCCUGAAAGAGAAAUAGAGGUUCCUGAUCAGUAUGGAACAAUCAGAGCUGUAGCAGAAGGAAAGGCAGAUCAGUUUUUGGUUGGCACAUCACGAAACUUUAUUUUACGAGGAACAUUUAAUGAUGGCUUCCAAAUAGAAGUACAGGGUCAUACAGAUGAGCUUUGGGGUCUUGCCACACAUCCCUUCAAAGACUUGCUCUUGACUUGUGCUCAGGACAGACAGGUGUGCAUGUGGAACUCGGUGGAACACAGGCUGGAAUGGACCAGGCUUGUAGAUGAACCGGGACACUGUGCAGACUUUCAUCCAGGUGGCACAGUGGUGGCCGUAGGAACGCACUCAGGCAGGUGGUUUGUUCUGGAUGCAGAAAGCAGAGAUCUAGUCUCUAUCCACACAGACGGGAAUGAGCAGCUCUCGGUGAUGCGCUACUCAGUAGAUGGCACCCUCCUGGCUGUAGGAUCUCAUGACAACUUCAUUUACCUCUAUGCAGUCUCAGAAAAUGGAAGAAAGUAUAGCAGACAUGGAAAGUGCACUGGACAUUCCAGCUAUAUCACACACCUUGACUGGUCCCCAGACAACAAGUAUAUAAUGUCUAACUCUGGAGACUAUGAGAUCCUGUACUGGGACAUUGAACAUGGCUGCAAACUAAUAAGAAACCGGUCAGAGUGUAAGGACAUCAAUUGGACGACAUACACCUGUGUGCUGGGCUUUCAGGUCUUUGGUGUCUGGCCAGAAGGAUCUGACGGGACAGAUAUCAACGCGCUGGUGCGGUCCCACAACAGGAGGGUGAUCGCUGUUGCUGAUGACUUUUGCAAAGUCCAUCUGUUUCAGUACCCCUGCUCCAAAGCAAAGGCUCCCAGUCACAAGUACAGUGCCCACAGCAGCCACGUCACCAAUGUCAGCUUUACUCAUAAUGACAGUCACCUGAUUUCAACUGGCGGGAAAGACAUGAGCAUCAUUCAGUGGAAACUUGUGGAAAAGUUACCUUUGCCUCAAAAUGAGACUCUAGCGGAUCCUCCACUCACCAGAGCCCCUCCCUCUUCCAUCGAGAGUGUGGCGCAGUCUGAUACUCCCACCCCGCCUCCUUCCCAGCCCUUAAAUGAGACAGCUGAAGAAGAAAGUCGGAUAAGCAGUUCUCCCACACUUCUGGAGAACAGCCUGGAACAGACCGUGGAGCCCAGCGAAGACCACAGUGAGGAGCAGAGUGAGGGGGGCAGUGAAGACCUCGGUGAGCCUGUUUAUGAAGAGCUAGCCAGUGAGCUAAGCGAGGAGCAGAGCAAAGCCGCUCUUCCUGGGGACCAGCAAGACCCCUCAUCCCUGUCCUAACACCAGGACUGCAGUGCGACUCGCUUUCUCCUUCAACUGCGUGUGGUCUUGUGAUAGCAGAGUUCAGAUAACAGGCCGAGAAGUGAUGAAGAAUCACUGUUGAUGGAGUUUUGGUUUCCACGUAAUUUGUUUUCAACAAUCUCAUCUUCCGUCUCUUAAAUGCAGUCAACCUAAAGGUUCGGUUUGACGUGUGUUGAAAAUUAACCAAACUUAAUAGUAGGAAAAGACUGAAACAUUGAAUAUGUCUCAGAAAUUACUGUGUAUGUGAGUAGUUAUGAUGUAAAUACUGGAAACAAAAACAGCAGUUGUAUAGAUUUAAAAAUAAACCCCUCGUUAUCUGAACAGGUUUUCUUCAGGAACAACCAGAGACAUCACAAACACUGUUACUCACCUGUUCAUCUACUGGCUCAGACUGUGCUUUUUUUUUUUCCUGAUGCUGAAAAUCAGAAAAACAAAAACCAAAAAAAAAACUCUUGCUGAGACCCUCCCACCCCAAAUACCUAGUGGAAAUUUUUUAGUUAACGAAAAACUUCAGUAUCGCUAUGAGCAGUGGUAUGGCCUUCCUGAAUAAUAACACCGUUUUCUUAUGCUGCCAGCAGACGUCCAGAUGUGCUUGUUAGUCUACUAUGUAGGUGCUGCCUUUUCUAAGUCAGAGUGAGGAACAGUCCCUGAAUUCCCUGUGUGCAGAUCUAUUUUAUCUUAGAAUUAAGCAAGCAGUGGUUUGUUAAAGAGCUUUUAAUGUAUAUUAAGCCAUUGAUUCAGAAAUAAUGGAUUCCGCCAAGGAUCCCUUUACGGGCCUAAACAUUUUCAAGUGAAUGGAAGAGAAAAAAACCACAUGCCUAUAAAACUAAACUUGGCUAAUAUUAGCUUAGCCUUCAUCAUCAUUUGUUCCCUCAAUAACAGAAAUAUUAAUACAGUAAGUUUAAAUGAUUAAAUUGGUGCUUGAAAUUCAUUGGUUUAGUUGUAAUUUUUAUACAGAUUGAGGGAUAAAGUAACAAAUUGCAAAUUCUUUUUUACGGAAGUGUGACAGUAGUCACAGUAAUUUUUUAUAAAUUGCAUACUUAAUAGACUUCCUAUAUAUAUGGUGAUUUUUCUCUGGUGGAGUUGCUUUAAGCCUUGCAGUUCUGAGUGACUAUCCUCUGCUACUGGGGGCAGUGCAUGUAUUUUUAUGCAGUGGAUAGUUUUGGGUUUUUGUUGGUUUUUUUUUUUAAGUUUUGUCAGAUGAUUGUUUUUCUUAAGUAUGUGUCUCCUAUUUUCAAAAUAAUUACAAAUAUGCAUUUCCUAUAUAUUUGUUUAUACUUUGAUUAUAAAAAGACUUAUUUUUUAACUUGCUGCAUUGUUUUGAUAUCUUUUUGUUGUUGUUAGAUCAUGUUUAGAAACUUCAGAUGAGUUCAGAAGUCUUAAGUAUGCAAGUGUUUACGUGAUUGUGCCAUUCCAAAGUGCUUCAGAACUGUCAUUCCCUUCUGCUAUCUUCUCAGGAGUAAUACAAGUCAGGUAUUUCAUCAUCUGGUAACAUACAGACUCCAGUGAACGCCCAAGGACACUCACCACAUUCGUAUUCAGAUGCUGUAUGUAAGGGUGUGGGUAUGUGUGAAGGGGUGAGUGAGUGUAGACACUUACUCUGCGUGUCUCUCUCUAUAUAAGAAGAUACGCGCCACAUUGAAAAUACUCAGUGUGUUUCUCUGUGUACAGAUAUAUGUUGUGUAUAUCUCUUUCCUUUUGUUUACAACUGUUCAGAAAAAAAAAAAACCUCAAAGCAGUUCUCUUCAAAAGAAGAGAGACUUCAAGCAACCCAUCAUUUUUCAGUAUGUUUAUACAUAAUUAUCAGAGGGCAGCAGCAGUAUCAGGCAUGUGUUUUUUGCCUAUUAGCUAUGGUGAUUGAAUCAUCAGGUCAGCAUGUGCUAGACCCUGCAAAAUAAUAGGAGAUGAACAAGUAAUUCUAGAAGAAGAAAAAAGCAUUUUGUAAAGUACGUGGGGGAUACUGCUCUCCAUGACAAGCAGGGAGUGUAUCUGGGGAUAUCAGUCACCUUUGGGGUUGCUGUGUACAAUGAAAUUUAUAGUCGUGAUAUUUGUGAUAUCUUGGGUGGUAGUUUCAAAAAGACACUACUAAUACGCAGAAAGCGUUCCAGCUCUCUAUUGCUGGCAACUACUGUUUAACAGUCAAUUAAAUCUGUGAUUAUGGUUGGAAGUGGGUGGGAUUAUGAAAUUAUAGAUGUUUUUAGAAAAACUUGUGAAUGAAAAUGAAUCCAAGUGUUUUAUGUGAAGAUGUUGAGCCAUUUCUAUCAUGCAUUCCUGUCUUAUGACAGAAAAAUUUGAAGAUUAAAUAAAAUAAUCAAGAUGUUUCAUUUGUCUCUAAA